AUGGCCGGUCCCUUUUCUAGCCCUUUUGGGGAGAAUAGCAACCCCUUUGGAACAGACAGAGGGCAAGCUUCGAACAACUUGAUGCAUCGUGUUAUCGAAGAGGAUGAGACGGACAACAUCACAUCACCCACAAACCGCAGCUUUGGCGCGCAAAACUCUGGAUCGCUGUUCUCAGGUCCCUUUGGCGGCGGCUUCGGCGGCGAUGCCCCGGGCGAUGUACCUCCCAGCUCUCGAACACCCCCGAAUCCAGAUAGUUAUCCUGCUCAGUACAACUUUGGGCGCCGGACUUCAGUGUCUGCCGAAUCCCUGAAGCCUGGCGCUGAUUCUAAUGAUAAUUGGUCUCCCCCCUUCCACGAGAAGUCGGCCGACCAGCUUGAGCGUCUCAAGCGUGCCAUUGAGGGCAACUUUCUCUUUAGCCACCUGGAGGAUGAGCAGAGUGCUCAAAUCCUGGGCGCUCUGGUUGAGAAACCGAUACCUGCUAAGGGAAUCAAGGUGAUCAGCCAGGGUGAUGCCGGCGACUACUUCUAUAUCGUCGAGAAGGGAUCCUUUGAUGUUUAUGUCAACCCUGCCGGCACUCUCCAGCCCGGCCCAGACGGCAUGGGUAACCAGGUUGGUAACAUCCAGGCUGGCGGCUCGUUCGGUGAGCUUGCCCUCAUGUAUAACGCGCCCCGAGCCGCAACCGUUAUCUCUGCCGAACCCGGGUGCACUCUAUGGGCUCUUGACCGUGUGACGUUCCGACGCAUUCUUAUGGAGUCGACGUUUGCUCGAAGACGGAUGUACGAGAGCUUCCUCGAAGAGGUGCCGCUGCUGGCGAGCCUGACGCCGUACGAGAGGUCCAAGAUUGCAGAUGCUCUGGAGACCAAGAAGUUUGCGCCAGGACAGAUCAUCAUCAACGAGGGGGACCCCGGCCAUUCGUUCUACCUGCUGGAGAACGGUGAGGCAGAUGCCUACAAGGGCAGCCCGGAGAACACGGUGCGCCAUUACGUCAAAGGCGAUUUCUUUGGUGAGCUUGCACUGCUCAAUGAUGCACCACGGGCAGCUAGUGUCGUGGCCACGUCGGACGUCAAGGUGGCGAGCCUGGGCAAGAACGCGUUCCAGCGACUGUUGGGACCUGUGGAGGGUAUUCUUCGACGGACCAAGUACGAGGGUGUCAAGUCUGGCGUCGAGGAGAUGGAUCCUCUGCAUGCUGGAUAA